AUGAGAGUGGCCGGGGCCUACCAUCCCUUUCCUGCGUCUCUCUUCGCUCCCAGCCUUCCGCGGACCCACCACGCAUGCGCAUCCUCUUUCUCCCACCAUCCGUCGUGUAAAUUCUGCGCCCCAACGGCCUCGCACUCCGCCGGGUCUGCGCGUCUCAACUGCCGACGCCAAGACGUCUCCCUAGCCAACCGGCGUCCUAGCGUGAGUCUGGGCGAGCCGAGCGCUGACGCCCUUUCCGGCGCGGGGCGGCGGCGGCGGCGGCGGGCCGGGGGAGAAGCUGCCAUCAGCCGCCGCCAUCUUGUCCUCCUGCCGCCGGCCUGCCCCUCCCCCUCGGCCUGCGCCGGCCGCUCCCAGGCCGCUGUGGAGGGCCGGGGGCCGACCGCAGCCCAGCAGCCUUCUCCUCAGGGCACGGCCGCGCUGCAGGCCGCAGUUGCCGCCCGCGUCGCGUCGCGCCCUCGGCCCGUGUGUGGCCCCUCCGCCGCCCGCAGACCGACCUUCCCUUCCCGUCGAGGGUCUCCUCGUAUUCCUGGAGCCCUUCCUGCCACCCGGCGCUGUGGUUCCCGUUCCCUCUUGCCCUUCGCGUCGAGUCACUCCCGCUCUGGAGCCCUGCUCCGCCCAUAUUCCUCGCUCAACCUGUUUGAUACGUAUAAGGGCAAGUCCUUAGAGAUCCAGAAACCCGCCGUUGCCCCUCGACAUGGCCUGCAGAGUCUCGGAAAAGUUGCCAUUGCCCGGCGUAUGCCACCCCCAGCCAACCUUCCAAGCCUGAAAGCCGAGAACAAAGGCAAUGACCCCAAUGUUUCACUAGUGCCGAAAGACGGAACAGGAUGGGCAAGCAAACAGGAGCAGUCCGACCCCAAGAGUUCCGAUGCCUCAACCGCUCAGCCGCCGGAAUCGCAGCCACUGCCGGCUUCACAGACGCCUGCCUCCAACCAGCCGAAACGACCCCCAACAGCCCCCGAGAACACUCCUUCGGUUCCAAGCGGGGUAAAGUCCUGGGCACAAGCCAGUGUCACCCAUGGAGCCCAUGGAGAUGGUGGAAGGGCAUCAAGCCUACUGUCGCGAUUCUCUCGAGAGGAAUUUCCGACCCUGCAGGCGGCUGGCGACCAGGACAAGGCUGCCAAGGAAAGGGAGUCUGCCGAACAGUCGUCUGGGCCCGGACCAAGCCUCCGCCCCCAAAAUUCUACAACUUGGAGGGACGGAGGUGGGCGUGGCCCUGAUGAACUGGAGGGCCCGGACUCCAAACUUCAUCAUGGUCAUGAUCCCCGGGGUGGGCUGCAGCCUUCAGGCCCACCCCAGUUCCCUCCCUACCGCGGAAUGAUGCCGCCCUUUAUGUAUCCCCCAUAUCUCCCAUUUCCUCCGCCCUAUGGACCCCAGGGGCCUUACAGAUACCCGACUCCUGAUGGGCCCGGCCGUUUUCCCCGUGUGGCGGGCCCCCGGGGCUCAGGGCCACCAAUGCGCCUUGUAGAGCCUGUGGGUCGGCCUUCUAUUCUUAAAGAGGAUAAUCUCAAAGAGUUUGACCAAUUGGACCAGGAAAAUGAUGAUGGUUGGGCAGGGGCCCACGAAGAGGUCGACUAUACUGAAAAGCUCAAAUUCAGCGAUGAGGAAGAUGGGCGAGACUCCGACGAGGAGGGAGCUGAGGGCCACAAGGAUUCCCAGUCAGCUGCUGGUGAGGAACCUGAGACAGAUGGCAAAAAGGGCACCUCCCCUGGCAGCGAGGUGCCCCCUCCCAAGACAGCCUGGACAGAGAACUCUCGGCCUUCAGAGACAGAGCCAGCUCCUCCUACCCCAAAGCCUCCCCCACCUCCACCUCACCGGGGGCCUGUUGGGAACUGGGGGCCCCCUGGGGACUACCCAGAUAGAGGGGGUCCUCCCUGCAAACCCCCAGCACCCGAAGAUGAGGAUGAGGCAUGGCGGCAUCAGGGCCUGGGCUACCCUAAAUACCAGAAGUCAUUGCCACCUCGCUUCCAACGGCAGCAGCAGGAGCAGCUCCUGAAGCAGCAGCAGCAGCAGCAGUGGCAGCAGCAGCAACAAGGCACUGCCCCUCCUGCUCCAGUGCCCCCAUCACCACCACAGCCUGUGACCCUGGGAGCUGUACCUGCCCCACAGGCUCCGCCCCCACCUCCCAAAGCCCUGUACCCAGGUGCUCUGGGCCGGCCCCCACCAAUGCCUCCAAUGAACUUUGACCCCCGCUGGAUGAUGAUUCCUCCUUACGUGGACCCUCGGCUUCUCCAGGGCCGGCCCCCUCUGGACUUCUACCCUCCUGGUGUGCAUCCCUCUGGCCUGGUUCCCCGGGAACGCUCAGACAGUGGGGGCUCAAGCUCAGAGCCAUUUGAACGCCAUGCACCUCCUCUGUUACGGGAAAGGGGCACCCCACCAGUGGACCCCAAGUUGGCCUGGGUAGGAGAUGUCUUUACCACCACACCCACUGAUCCUCGUCCUCUUACCUCACCACUGCGCCAGGCAGCAGAUGAGGGGGAGAAGAGUAUGAGGAGCGAGACUCCUCCAGUACCUCCCCCCCCACCUUAUCUGGCUAAUUAUCCAGGUUUUCCAGAGAAUGGAACUCCUGGGCCCCCAAUCUCGAGAUUUCCUCUGGAGGAAUCAGCUCCCCCAGGACCCCGUCCACUCCCCUGGCCUCCAGGCAGUGAUGAAGCUGCCAGGAUGCAAGCUCCACCCCCCAAGAAGGAUCCCCCCAAGGAGGAGCCGCCUCAGCUGUCUGGGCCAGAAGCAGGCAGAAAGCCUGCCCGUGGGGCUGGAGGUGGAGGCCAAGGCCCACCGCCACCACGCAGAGAGAAUCGGACUGAGACCCGCUGGGGCCCCCGACCAGGCAGUUGUCGGCGUGGAAUCCCUCAAGAGGAACCAGGUGUCCCUCCUCGCAGAGCUGGGCCUAUAAAGAAGCCACCACCUGUGAAAGUAGACGAGCUGCCUCCUAAGUCCCUAGAACAGGGGGAUGAGACCCCCAAGGUCCCAAAGCCAGAUGCACUCAAAACAGCUAAGGGCAAGGUGGGCCCCAAAGAAACCCCACCGGGAGGGAACCUGUCUCCUGCGCCUAGGCUUCGGCGGGACUAUUCCUAUGAAAGAGUAGGUCCUACAUCUUGCCGUGGUCGGGGCAGAGGCGAGUAUUUUGCCAGAGGAAGGGGUUUCCGGGGGACUUAUGGUGGCCGGGGUCGGGGAGCACGGAGUCGUGAAUUCCGAAGUUACCGAGAGUUCCGAGGAGACGAUGGGCGUGGGGGUGGUGGAGGGGGAACAAACCACCCUUCUGCUCCCCGAGGCCGCACUGCCAGUGAGACACGAAGUGAGGGUUCAGAGUAUGAAGAAAUCCCCAAGAGACGCCGCCAGCGUGGCUCUGAAACAGGCAGUGAGACUCACGAGAGCGACCUGGCCCCGUCUGACAAGGAAGCCCCUCCGCCCAAAGAGGGAGUGCUUGCUCAGGUCCCUCUUGCCCCCCCACAACCAGGAGCUCCCCCAUCACCAGCCCCAGCUCGAUUCUCCACUGCCCGAGGUGGUCGUGUCUUCACUCCCAGAGGAGUACCAUCGCGCCGAGGCCGAGGUGGGGGGCGGCCCCCUCCUGUUUGCUCUGGCUGGAAUCCUCCAGCCAAGUCCCUGGUUCCAAAGAAACCUCCAACAGGUCCUUUGCCCCCAAGUAAGGAGCCUUUGAAAGAGAAGCUGAUCUCAGGGCCUCUGUCCCCCAUGUCCCGAGCUGCCAACAUGGGUGUAGGCAUGGAAGACGGAGAGCGACCUCGACGGAGGCGACAUGGCAGGGCUCAGCAGCAGGACAAACCACCUCGUUUCCGAAGGCUGAAACAAGAACGUGAAAACGCUGCCAGAGGAGCUGAUGGCAAGCCCCCUUCCCUGGCCCUUUCAGCCUCCACCACAGGACCCGAGGAGACACUAGCAACAGUCACUGUUCCCCCACCGCCUCGCCGCACAGCUGCUAAGUCUCCUGAUCUGUCAAACCAGAACUCAGACCAAGCCAAUGAGGAGUGGGAGACUGCAUCAGAGAGCAGCGACUUUGCCAGUGAGCGCCGGGGUGACAAGGAGACUCCCCCAGCAGCACUUAUGACCUCUAAAGCUGUGGGGACUCCGGGGGGCAAUGCAGGUGGAUCUGGACCAGGCAUUUCAACCAUGUCUCGUGGAGACCUGAACCAACGAGCCAAGGAUUUGAGCAAGCGGAGCUUCUCAAGUCAGCGGCCAGGCAUGGAUCGUCAAAAUCGGCGCCCAGGCACUGGGGGCAAGACUGGCAGUGGUGGUGGCAGUAGUGGAGGUGGUGGUGCAGGCCCUGGGGGACGGACCGGCCCAGGACGAGGGGAUAAGAGGAGUUGGCCCUCUCCCAAGAACCGAAGCCGUCCUCCUGAAGAGCGACCUCCGGGACUUCCUCUGCCUCCGCCACCCCCCAGCAGUUCUGCUGUCUUCCGCCUGGACCAAGUUAUCCAUAGCAACCCUGCUGGUAUCCAACAGGCUCUGGCCCAACUUAGCAGCCGCCAAGGAAAUGUAACUGCACCAGGGGGGCACCCAAGGCCUAAGCCUGGGCCUCCCCAAGCCCCUCAGGGCUCCUCCCCUCGGCCCCCAACCCGUUAUGACCCCCCGAGGGCCAGCAACGCUAUCAGUUCUGACCCCCACUUCGAGGAGCCAGGGCCGAUGGUGAGGGGGGUGGGCGGGACUCCCCGGGACUCUGCCGGGGUUAAUCCCUUCCCCCCGAAACGGCGGGAGCGGCCUCCCCGAAAACCGGAGCUGCUGCAGGAGGAAACUGUGCCAGCUUCUCAUAGCUCUGGAUUCUUGGGCUCUAAGCCUGAGGUCCCAGGCCCUCAGGAAGAAUCCAGAGAUUCAGGCACAGAGGCCCUAACUCCUCACAUCUGGAAUCGUUUACAUACUGCCACAAGCCGAAAGAGUUACCAGCCUGGCUCCAUAGAGCCCUGGAUGGAGCCCCUGAGUCCCUUUGAGGAUGUGGCAGGCACGGAGAUGAGUCAGUCUGACAGUGGAGUGGACCUGAGUGGAGAUUCUCAGGUGUCAUCAGGUCCCUGCAGUCAGCGAAGUUCCCCUGAUGGAGGACUUAAGGGGUCAGCAGAGGGACCCCCCAAGAGGCCUGGAGGACCCUCACCCCUGAAUGCUGUUCCUGGUGAGAGUGCAUCUGGCUCUGAACCCACUGAACCUCCUAGGAGACAGCCACCUGCUUCCCAUGAGGGGGAAAGAAAGGAGCUGCCCCGGGAGCAGCCUCUACCCCCUGGUCCCAUAGGCACAGAACGAUCACAGCGCACAGACCGAGGCCCAGAGCCAGGCCCUCUCCGACCAGCCCACCGACCGGGCUCUCAAGUUGAGUUUGGCACUACCAACAAGGACUCAGACUUGUGCCUAGUGGUAGGAGACACUUUAAAAGGAGAGAAGGAGUCGGCGGCAUCAGCCACAGAGGCCGGUCCCAUCGCCAGAGACUGGGAGCUCCCUAGUGCUUCUGCUUCAGCUGAGCCACAGGCCAAGAGCCUGGGUUCUGGGCAGUGUGCUCCAGAGCCCAGCCCUUCAGGUCAGCGUCUGUACCCUGAGGUCUUCUAUGGCAGCCCUGGACCUCCUAAUUCCCAAGUCUCUGGGGGUGCACCCAUCGACUCUCAG